AUGUUCCCGACCUUCAAACCGGUUCAGACAAACCCGAGGAAACCGGACAAAGCUGCGAUCAAUCUGAGUUCACCUCCAGAGUUCUCUGAGAGUCCUACAGCACAGACUCUCCGUUUAUUUGUGUGUUUUCUCCGGGAUGGUGAAGUGGUUCUCCUUGAUGUCUCCUGUAGCUUCAUCAUUGGAGAUAAAAUCACUCACCUCCAUUCCUGGUUCUGGUUCUGGUCUGUCUGUGUCCUCCAUGCUUUGUGAUGGCAAUAAACUCGAUCAACCUCCUCCUGUCGUCUCUGCUCUCCUUCACACUCUCACUUCUGACCUUUUCUGGACGUUUUCAGGAGCUCCAACGACACAAAUACUCAAACAGAACCAUCACGGGUGCUGACUUGGUAUGUGGGCUUGGGUUGUUCUGGAUCAGGGUCUUCUGUGGUUUUUCUUUAGGUCUUUUUGGAGAAAAAAUACAAGGAUUCAGGUGAGAGUCUCGAAAACCAUAAGUUAUAAAUGGCAAAUAGAAAUUAUGAUCAAUAAUUUUCAUUAAUUAGUAUAAAUUAUUAUUAUUUAUAAUUAUUACAAACAUUAUUUAGAUGGUUUUUGUAAAGUUAGGGUUGGGGUUUUGAAAUUGUAAAAUUUACAGUUUAUUAAUGCUUAAAUAUGCUAUUUAUAAAUGAUGAUUAAAAAUUAAUAAACUAUCUUCUUACCAUUUCUAAGUUAUGGUUGUAAAGGAGCAGUUCGACCUUUUUUCUUCUCUGUACUCUGACUUCAGUCGAGGGUUUCUCUGCCUCUCCUGGUUGGUUGUUUCCAGGUUCAGACAGGUAAACAAACCUGCUCUCAUGCCUGCACCGCAGGUGAGCCGAGGUGGGCGGGGCUUCACUUACAGUAAGUGGAGCCAACAGGGCAAGUAAGACAAGAUCUUAGUUUGCACAGGCAGUUUCAAAUCCACACCUUAGUGCUGCUGGUUCACAGAGGCCGACUGCGGGUUUGACUUUGUUGUUUUUGAAGAGUUUCAGGAGUCUGCAGAUGAAACCACGUCAUGA